GGGCCGAUGGGGGCUUCGCCGAAUGGCCCUGCCGAGGGUGAUGAGUUGACCGAGGAACAGCUAGGGAGUUUGAUGUCUCGUGAAGACUCCCUUCCUGCCCAUGACGACGACCCAACUGCGAGCCACUUGGAGCAGCAGCUUGCCGACUUUGCCAGCUUUGGAAACGGCGCUGGCGACUGGCAUGCCAUGAACUCGAGUUUGGUUCUUGCCAGGCAUUCCCGUCAGGUGAUGCCGUGGGAAAGGGUUGUGAAGCCCCGGUUGGGGCCCAGCUUCAUUUUCCAGGAGCCUCUGCUUGGGCGUUUUGAUGGUCUUACCAGAGCAGUGAUCCCUGCCCCUUCAGCACGACCGUGGGCCUGGGUUCCCAAAGGUACGUACGAGGCCAGACGACUUCUUGCGGCCAGGUUUGCCAAGAGCGAUGACAUGCUUCGGCUCUCUGCACUUAAGAAGGUCAGGCUCAUCGUGCUGUUUUACCCGGACGACUCCGAGCUCGGGAGAAACCUCGUGGGCUCUGCAGGGUCACUGGUGGAGGAGGCCAUACUGACCUCGACCAUCGAGGACACCUUCUCUGGCAAGGCGGCUAGCACUUUGCUCAAGCGGGCCUCGGACUUCUCAAGGUUUGCCAAAUGGAUCGUGGCCAACAAAGGGCGCCCUCUGGCGCCUUCUGAGGGUGAGCUGUACGCCUAUAUGCUGCACCUGCGCCGCACCAAAGCCGGAGCCACAGCGGGAGAGUCCUUCCUUAAGUCCUAUCGGUUCUUCAUGCAUCUGACCGGAGCCGUUCAGAAUGCCCGGAUCUCGCCCCGAGUGCAGGGGGCGGCAAAGGCGAUGGCUAUGGUCAAGAGGCCUCUCUGGCAGGCACCGCCCCUGCCCGAGGAGGCGGUACGGCUGCUCGAGGAGUUCGUCCACGAAACCGAGGACUGUGCAAGGGCCAGCAUUGCGGGGUUCAUGCUCUUCUGCCUCUACUCCUCUGCGCGCUGGUCGGACGCGGCCCGUGGGACAACCAUGGUCAUGGAUGUGGCGGGCAACGGUUUGGUUCUGCUGGAGUGCUCUACAAAGCAUUAUAAGACCAAGGCCAAGGACCGGAAGGACGCUGUGCUCCCUCUCAUUGCUCUGGGCAGCGGCCUUACCCAGCCUUCUUGGGGGCAAGUCUGGAUGCGCAAGCGGGCUCUCGCGGGGCUGCAGGAUUCCUCAGUGAUCAUGCCGGCCAUGUCGCCGGGGGGCAACUUCCUCGAGAGGGCCAUGACUGCUGCCGAGGGCUCUCUAUGGCUUCGCGAACUCCUGCACCUGCAGGGCUUCACCGGUGAUUUGGAGAAGUUCAGCUCCCACAGCUUGAAAGCAACCGCUUUGUCCUGGACGGCCAAGAGCGGGACCAUGACUUACGAGGAACGCCUUACUCAGGGACACCACUGCAGCCCUAAGCACGGGAUGGCCCUUCUUUACUCGCGGGACGCCCUCGCGGAGAUCAUCGUGAAGGUGGCCAAGGUAGUGAGUGCCGUGAGCCGGGGAGUGUUCAGCCCAGACCUCCCGAGGGCCGAGAGGGUCGCAAGGGCUCUGCAUGCGGAUCCCGCCGACUUUGAGCAUCUUCCGGAGACUACGGCUGAGGAUUUACCAGCUGGGGAGCCUCAGGAGGAGAAUAUUUCUGAGGCUGGGUCUGACAUAACCGACCUCGGCGAUCUCAACGAUGACCUAGGGGCUCCGGUUCCUGAGGAAGUCCGCCCUAGGCUGAACUGUGCAUUUUCGGGGACGACGUACAUGCACGUCUUGAGUGGAGUGGUGCAUAAGAUGGUCAGCCCUGGAGUUUUGAAGUGUGGUAGGAAGGUCACAGCUAAUUUGCGCUUAAUGGGGCCGGAGGAGGCCCAGGACAAUGUCUGCCAGCAGUGUGCGGCUUGA